AUGUUUCAGAACAGUACAUCUAUUCAAUCAGGGAUUUGUUCAAAACAAUUUGAAGAUGAUCGAUUUACUGAUGAAUCAUCUUCACAAGAUUUUUUUACUUCAUCAAAUAGAAAAUUAUCCGAUGAUCAAUCGGAUUUUGUAUCAAUUAAUUUUGAUUCAGAAAUCAAUUGCAAUAAUUGUAUGACAGAUGUUAAUGAUCUAUUUUGUGAUAAAGAUACAUUUUUACCAUGUCUUGAACCAGAAACAUUUAUUCCAUCGAAACCGGUGAUUACAUCGACUCGAGGUGGACGUAUUAAUAGUAAAUAUGGUAAAGGCAAACCAGCUCAAGCUUAUAUUAAUUCUGAUAUAAUUAAUCGAAAACGUGUUCGACGUGCUUCUCGUCGUCGUCAUCGAUUAAGUUCAGAUUCUCCAACACCGACAAAUUCAAUAAGUCCACAAUCACAUUCAUCAAAUUCUGAUAAUACACAAACUGUGCAAUGUCAUCGAACAUUAUCAAGUUCACGUGGAAGACCAAUUAAAAUACGAAAAGAUGAUUAUAGUACAACAAUAACAGCGGCGACGACAACAUUCCAUGAAAAUUUAUCUUCUCAACAAGAAACCGUAAAAGAAGAUGAAGAACAUCAUUCAGUAACUGUUCUAUGUGCUUCAAAUGAAGUUUAUGCUGUUUCACAAGAUAUGUGUGUUAGUUGUGGAAGUAUUGGUUUAGAUGAUGAAGGUCGUCUUAUAUCAUGUUCUCAAUGUGGACAAAGUUAUCAUCCAUAUUGUGUUGGAUUUACAAAAAUGAUUUCCAAAGUUUUAUUUGAUAAAGGUUGGCGUUGUCUUGAUUGUACUGUAUGUGAAUGUUGUGGUAAAACAACAGAUGAAGGAAAACUUUUAUUAUGUGAUGACUGUGAUAUAUCAUAUCAUACAUACUGUCUUACACCACCACUUGAUCAAGUACCAAAAGGAAAUUGGAAAUGUCAAUGGUGUGUUCAUUGUUUAAAAUGUGGUUCAACAAGUCCAGGUAUUGAUUGUCAAUGGGAAAAUAAUUAUACUGAAUGUGGUCAAUGUUAUUCAUUAAGUACAUGUCCAUUAUGUUUACGUAAAUAUUGUUUAGAUGAAUUAAUAAUACAAUGUAUGAAUUGUAAUCGUUGGUGUCAUAGCAUGUGUGCAAAUAUCUUUACUGAAGAAAUGGCAGCUAAAAAAUGUAAUGAACAAUCAUUUAUAUGUCUUUUAUGUAAACCAGAUCAAUCAACAUUAACAUUAAUGAGACAUUCAUCAACCAAUUCAAUAAAUGAACAACAAAUUUUACAAGCUAAAUCAGUUAAAUUUGAUGAAGGUGUUUAUUUAACAGAGAAUGGUAUUGCACAUUUAAAAUCUAUUCGACCAAAAACAUUAACACAUCCAUCAAGAAAAUCAAAACAAAUGAUACAAAAAAAUCAAAAUUUAUUUAAGCGAAUGAAUUCAACAUUAACUAAUGAUGAUGAACGUUCCGAUGAAGAUAAAAAUCAUUUGAUAAAUGAACAACAAAUUAAAAAACCUUCAAUUAAAAAAUAUACAGGUAUUGGUGGAUUUAUUGUUAAAAUACGUGGUAAUCGUCGUCGCCAAGAUUUACUUCAUAUGGAUAGUGAAUUAUUACGAACAAAAAAUAAACGUUUACGAAAAACUAUACUUGAAGAACAUAUGCCACCUGAAAUGCAGGAAGCUUUUUUUGGUAUGGAUUUAGCUAAUCAAAAUCAAGCAAAAAAUCCACUGAAAGAUGAUUUAUCUUGUGAUAAAGAAUCAAUAAUGAAUUUAAAAUAUUUAAAUAAUGAAUAUUCAAUUCAACUUGAUUCUGAUACAAUUAAAUAUUUAACAACAAAGAAAAAAUCACUUUUAUCUGUAACAAAUGAUGAAGAAAAUGAAAUGCAACCAAUAUUUGGUAAUGAAGAAUUUAUUGAUUUAGUAGAUUAUAUACUUAAUCCAGCUCCAAAUCCACCAUGUAAUUCUUCAGGUGAUAUUUGGGAAUUUAUUGAAUUUGUUGAUCAACCAAAUCAAAAUGAUAAUUCAUCAGUUAUGGAUUGGCCAAAUAAUAGUAUUUAUCAAACAAAUAAUCCUAAUCAAAUCAUUCGUAAUAUGGCACGAGAAUUAGAAGAAUCAACAGUUGGUCCAUUACAAAAUACUCUUCUUUCGCAAACAAAUAAAAAUAUUCUCCGUCAUGAUUGUAUGCCAUGGUUAUCAUCCUCGCAUAUAAAUCAAUCAUCAUUAGUCAAUAAUAAUUAUUCGUGCCCUGAUGGACGAUCAUUAUCAGCAGUUCAAUCACCUGAAUUCAAUCGUUCAACUAAUGAUAUUAAACGUAAUCAAACAUCAUUAGGAAUUGAUGAAUCCUAUCAUUUAUUUCAAGUAUAUCAGCAUCAACAACAACAAAUACAAGCAGAUAAUUUACAAAAAUCAAUAAUUAUUGAUAAACAACAAUGUUUAACAUCAACACAUUAUCCACAAAAUGGUCUUCAACAUUCAACAUCUUAUCAACAACAUUCCUUACCACCACUUGAUCUUCAAUCAUCAUUCGGUAAAGAUCCUUCAGCUUUAUUUCUAACAAAAACUAAUAAACAUCAAACUAAAACAUUGCCUUAUUCAACUUAUAAUAAUUCUUCUGAUGUAAUUCAACAAUAUCAUUCUCAACCGCCACCACCACCACCUAUGAGAUCAACAUCUUGUUAUAGUGUAUUACCAUCAACAAACCUACAACGAACAAAUUCAAAUAUUGAUACAUCAUUUUCGGAACCAAACAUAAUUACAAAUGGAAAAAAAUCGACUCCACGUGUUGAUAUAUUACAAAAUGUACCAAUUGAUGUUCUUGAAAAAAUAGAUGAAGUUAUUUCAAGUGUUAUAUCUGGUCAAGGUGAUAUUCCAAUUGAAUCUGAUCAUACACGUCAACGUUAUCAAUCACGUUUAUCAUAUACAGAACAACAUAAUGUUAUCUGUGAUUCAUCUUAUAUGCCAUUAAAUCAAGAGAAUUUAUCAAAACAACAAUAUGAUUAUUUUCCACCACCAUCAUCAUCAUCAUCAACAUCUCAUGAAGCAGGACGUACUGCUGUAGCUGAACUUAUUUCAUCGAUAUUAUCUAAUGGUGCAUCAUCAUCAACAACAAUGUGA